AUGACCCUCCCCCGCCAAUUCGCCCAGAUCCCCCGCUUCCGCCUUUUAUACCCCGAUCCGUCCCCAAUCCAACCCCUCCAAGCCCUAACCACCUCACUCACAACGAACAAUCAAACACCCCGAGUCUCAUUAUAUGCAAAAAGAGAAGACCACUCCUCCCCUCUUGCCUGCGCAGGCAACAAAUACCGCAAACUCGAAUACCUCAUCCCCGACAUACUCAACCCAACACCACCAACGCCCAAUUCCGCCAUCAACGGAGGUGCAACUGCACCCGGAAAAGUCACCACACUAGUCACGGAAGGUGCAGUGCAAAGCAAUCAUACGAUACAAGUUGCCUCUAUUGCGCAGAGACUCGGGCUGGACUGCGUUGUUAUCUUGCAUAAAGGGACGGGUGGGGGGUUAGCUGCGGCGGGGGAUAAGGAUGCCUUUCUAAGGGUUGGGAAUGUACAGGUUGCGAAGUUAUUGGGAGCUGAGGUUAGGGUUCUCGAACCAUCUCCCCAGGAAAAGAAUACCGAUCCCGUGAUUGAUAUUCUAGGUGAACUGGGUGCACACGGCAAAGUCCCCUACUGGAUUCCCUCCGGCGCCAGUCUACACCCAUUAGGCGGGUUAGGCUACGCCAGGGCUGCGUUUGAAAUCGCAGCGCAAGAGGAAAGAGCCUCCCGAAACGGUAACCUAGGUGGAUCGGGUCGCUAUGAUUAUAUCUUUGUCGCAUGCGGAAGUGGCAGCACAGUCGGGGGCUUGAUUGCCGGAUUCAAGUUAUUAGAGAAAUCCUCACAAACCCAGGCUCAUCCACCACGUAAAGUGAUCGGCAUCCUCAAUUCCCCCACCAUGCCAUGCUCAUACCACCAAGAACGGGCUCUGCGCUUUGCGCGUAUGGCUGGGGGUCUGAUCGGAUUAGAUCCUGAGAAGGAUAUCACCAUGGACGAUGUGUGCUUGGAUGACCGAUUUACCGGGACUGCAUACGGCGUGUUAGAUCCCGAGUCUAAGCAGUAUCUAAACAUGAUGGCGCAGAAGGAGGGCGUUAUUCUUGAUCCUGUCUAUACGGCGAAGGUCGUUAGGGGGUUAGUUCAUUGGGUACAGCAGGGGGAGUUGGGGAGAGAUUGGGCUCAACGUGCGAUUACUACUCAUUCGGGGCAGGUUAAUGCCUUGUUCAUACAUACGGGUGGACAGUCCGCGUUACCAGCGUACGCAGACAUUGUCUAG